AUGGCUGCGAUACAUCGUUCCUACAUCAUCGUGCUUGCAACCAUGGCAUUCAAGUCUGAGCAAGCAGAUAUCUCAUACCCCAAAGACCAGACCAUCUGGCAUUGGCUGUUUGAGUCUCGCCAGGCGUACAAGCCAAGCACCGCUUCCGCUUCCGCGGCGCCCGGAUUUACAGAUGUCAACACCAAACGGCACCUGAGCUUUGCCAAGAUAAAGUGCUAUUCGACUCACCUCUCUUCCGCCUUGGUCAAGUCGCACGGAUUGAAGGAAGGGGAUGUCACAAUCAUCUUCAGCAAAAAUUCCAUCUACUUUCCCAUUGCUGCACUCGCGUCGGUGCGCGCUGGGGGCAUUGCGUGCGGCGCCUCCCCCGACUACAAUGCCGAUGAGCUGUCGCAUACCCUUCGACUGAGCAAAGCCAAGUUUCUCUUCGUGGGGCCCGAGGUUAUGGAAACCGCUCUGUCUGCAGCUGCAGCUUCUGGACUGUCCAAGGACAAUAUUUUUCUGAUUGAUGGCCAAGAAGGCGAUGUACGCAGCAUCGACGAAUUGAUUGUACAGGGGAGCAAAAUUGACGAUGCGGCCCAGGCGCCGCCAUGGGAACUGCCGCCUGGGAAAACGAACCACGACGUCUGUGCGUAUUAUGGCUUCAGUAGUGGUACUACUGGUCUGCCAAAAGCAGUAAUGAUAUCGCAUGCCAAUGUCAUCGCACAAUGCCUUCAGAUGCAGCCAAUUACGCCGCCCGACCACGACAAGAUCCUGGCUGCGCUACCGUUUUACCACAUCACCGGCCUCGUCCACCAAUUCCACCUGCCCAUUCUUCUGAAUGCCAACGUGUACGUUGUGCCCAAAUUUUCGCUUGAUCUUGCCCUUGCGUCGGUCGCGGAGUAUAAGAUAAAGGAAGUGCUAUUCGUUCCACCCAUCGUUAUUCGAAUUGUGCGCGAAACCGAACUCGUUGCCAAAUAUGACCUCUCUCAUGUUCGGCGCUUCUCUUCCGGUGCAGCGCCGCUCUCGCAGGAAAUAUUGACUGCACUCGAGAAAAUGUUUCCGGGAACAGGAUUCAAGCAGGGAUAUGGCAUGACGGAGUCGUGCUCAGUUAUUACCUCUCAUCCUCCGUCAAAGUACGAUUACAAGUACGCUUUCAAGGUUGGCCAGCUUGUGGGCUCGACCGAGCUGCGCAUCGUGGACCCAGACACUGGCAAAGACUGCGGCAUAGACACACCGGGCGAGCUGUGGGCGAGAGGCCCGCAAGUCACUAUGGGCUAUCUAGACAACCCCAAAGCAACGGCCGAGACAUUUGAUGCAGAUGGAUAUUUGCACACUGGUGAUAUCGGAACUAUCGAUGCCGAGGGCUUUAUUUCCAUCACCGACCGAAUCAAGGACAUGGUCAAGGUCAAGGGUAUUGGCGUCGCACCGGCAGAGCUUGAAGACCUCCUUCUUGGCCAUUCUUCUGUGAAAGAUGCCGCUGUCUGCGGCAUUGCCGACGACCGCGCUGGUGAACGUCCUAAAGCUUAUGUGGUGCUGCAGGACAAUGCUCCGCCAGCUGAGGAAGCCGGCAAAGCACUGUUGGAGUUUGUCAGGUCCCAAAAAGCCAGGCACAAAUGGAUUGUCGAGAUUGAGGUGGUAAGUAAUGUUCCAAAGAGUGCGGCAGGCAAAAUUCUGCGUAGGAAACUUCGGGACAGAUCGGCAGUCGACUCGAUUGCUGUUGUGCGCGAGGACAUGCCACGAGCCAAGCUCUAG